UGAAAGUGGCUGUAUGCAAAGUUCAGCCCCCAUAUACGGUAUUUGUAUAGAAGUGGUUGAGCUGAGCAGCUUCCCUACAUUUAGUGUAUAUAAAAAGGCAGGACUUUCGCCCCUUUUAUACAGACCAAAGAGAGGGUUGAAGGCCAAAACCAACAGCAGAAAAGAACGUGCAAUAAUAAGUUGUAGUAAAAGAAUCCAAACUAUAGAGAGUGCUAGUAGGGAAAGAGAGAGUAGUGAUCAGCUAUAGCAAAAUAAUAAGCAAGGCAAGGCGUUCGUAAAUGGGAAGGAAGCCUUGCUGUGCUAAAGAAGGACUUAAUAGAGGGGCAUGGUCUGUGUUGGAAGAUAAAAUCCUCACAAACUACGUUAACAUCCAUGGUGAAGGCAAAUGGAGAGACCUUCCUCAAAGAGCUGGGUUGCAGCGAUGUGGGAAGAGUUGCCGCCUGCGGUGGCUGAAUUAUCUCAGGCCAGAUAUUAAAAGAGGAAACAUCUCGACCGAAGAAGACGAGCUUAUUAUUAGACUACACAAGCUCCUUGGUAACCGGUGGUCUCUCAUCGCUGGUAGAUUACCGGGGCGAACAGACAAUGAAAUCAAAAACUACUGGAACACCAAUUUGAGUAAGAGAGUGCAAGGCCAAAAGAUUACUCCCAAAAGUACCCAAGGUUCUAAAAUGCAGCUUAACAAGCUGAGUAAACUGGAUACUCAGCACAAGGUGAUUCGAACCAAAGCAGUGAAGUGCACCAAGGCUGUCAAUGUUAUCCCACGACUGUUAGAUAAUCAGACAGCUGAAAACAAUAUUUUAGGCCCCAAAUCUGAAAGUAUCACUGCUAGUGAGACACCGUCUUCUUCAGCCAUCCAUGAGGAUAAUUCCAUCGAUUUCUUGAUGGACUUUGACAUCAAUGAGCUUCUUGUAUCGGACGCUCCAAUCUCAUCAGACUUCCAUCCAAUUCAACAGGUUGAUGAAAAUGGUGACAAUUGGGUGGAGAAUAGGGAAUACGGAAAAGGUUUCAACUUAAUUGAUGAAGUUGAGCUUAUCACUUCACCACCGAAUGAAGCAAGGCCUGAUAACUUGGGGGCGACUACCAACCUUUUAUUCCAAACAACUGAAACUUUGGAUGUCCGAAGUCUAGCAUCUUAUUUGAAUUUAGAAGAUGAAUGGAUUAAUUAAUUAAAGUUAAACAAAGUUAAUAAUA